AGUUCUUAAGAAACACACAAGUUGGUGGGUCGAAUUUAAGAAAGAGUAAAAUGACAUGAUGUUACACUCUUGUACUGUAGGUGGCGGUGUGCACCUUCAGCUGUUUGCAAGCCGCCAGUAACCCGAGAGAAGAAGAAGAACAAGAACCGUGGCGCUGGUAUUUGAAAACAGAAAUGGCCGUUGCUCAACAGGUGCUGGAGCGAUGUGACCCGGCUCUGCUGGAGCUGUACGGAGACUCGGAGCAGGCUGACUGCGUGGAGGCGGCCAGGAUGGUGCCAUAUCUCAUGGACAGCCGUCGUAUCCACAAGGUCCUGUGGCGUCAGCUGUCUGUCCUGGACUCCAUGACGGCUGUACUAGCAGAACUGGACUCUGCUCGGCAACUGCUGACAAAGCCCUGCCCCCCCAACCCUGACAGCGCAGCUCGCAGCCGGUGGAAGGCUCUGAAGGCGGAGAGCCGUAGUGGCGUGGAGCAGACAGAGGCUCUGCUCACCGCCCUCCAAGCCCGCAUGGAGCAGAUUAACACCAGACGACACACACUCACACAGCUCAUCCAGCAGCUGCAGAAGAAGAAAGAGCAGAGCGAGCAGCUGGAGGAGUCGCUGCAGAAGGCCCACAAUGCUUUGCGUGUGUCUAAAGGUCAGCUGGCUCAGCUGAGGGCGGAGUCGGACGCGGUGCUCGGUCGCCUUGGCAACUGGCAGCUUCUCAAAGAUGACCUGCAGGACUAUGUGUCCAACGUUCAGGAUGCCUCGCAGAUUAAAGUUGUGUCGGUCAGCCAAUCAGAACUGUGUGUCGAGCUGCGGCCCCGCCCCCACGGAAACCUCUCGUCCAGCGAGCUGCAGCCGCUCAAGCUGUCAAUCAGCUAUGACCACAACGACCGCUUCAGGCUGCAGGUGAACCAGGAGACGAGCGGCAUGCUGGAGGAGUGUGUGCGGGGCCGGCUGUCGGAGCUGAGCGCCGCCCUGCUGGAGGUGAUGCAGCGCUACAGCAGCCAGGGCGACAUGCUGGCAGAGAUUCAGGCGCUGCACUCCAGUUUUGCCAUCGACUGGCGUCCGGCUCAGAGGCAGCUGGUGUACCUGAAGUCGGCGGCGGUGGUUUGUUUCCUGCAGGUGGAGGAGGGAUACCCGGGCAGCGGCCGAGCCAAACUCACCGCAGUGCACAGAGACACACAGCCGGUGGACACUGCCACGCUGCAGCCUCACCAGGAGAACCCGAGCCUGACUGACUGGCUGGUUUUCCUCUGCAGCAGUCCGCUCAUCUGAAGAACAGCCAGACAGUCUCCUCUCUGCUUGUCUUUCCUCAGUCAAUAUGAAAACAUUGUGUGUGUGUGUGUGUGUGUGUGUGUGUGUGUGUGUGUGUGUGUGUGUGUGUUGGUUAUUUGGUAGGUCUCCAGACUGAACUGAAUGACUGAACUCUGUCACUUCCCUCAGUCCUUUAAACCGGAUAGACAAACAGGAAGCCUGGGAGGGAGAGAGGAUUUUCUCUGGAUCCCACCAGCGGGACGGACGUCUACCAGUCUGUAUUUUUAUGUCUGUUUUUUUACAUGUGUGUUUUUUCAAUGUCAGGUGAUGUUCAGUGUUUCUGUCGGUGUCAUAUGUGAUCACUGUGUGAACAUAAAUAAACUUUUUACACCAAGAA